AUGAGCGAAGCUGAAGUCAAGUCAGGGUCUGCCACACCGGCAAGUAAAGCUAAGCAGGCUGCUCCAACGAUUACAUCUACAGAUAAUGGAGAAAAGAAACUAACAAACAAGGAAUUAAAAGAGCUAAAAAAACAAGAAAAAGCUGCGAAGAGAGCAGCAAUGAAACAGGCUAAUGGUAUAUCCAUCGAACAACAACAACAACAAGCGCAAAUGAAAAAAGAGAAGAAACAACUACAACGUGAACAACAACAAAAAAGAGAACAGAAGCAAAAAAGCGCUAAUAAAAAGAAACAGAAUGAGUUAAAUGUUAAGAAAAGCACACUUUUUGGUCAUCUAGAAACCACCGAAGAAAGAAGAGCAACAAUCUUGGCAUUAACCAGUGCAGUAUCAUCUCCAAAAACAUCAAGGAUCACCGCUGCAGGUUUGAUGGUUCCUGUUGUGGCCAGUGCAUUAUCAGGAUCUAAUGUAUUAACUGCUUCUUCAUUAAUGCCCAUGGGUUCAAACGCUUCAUCGGCAGCAUUAACUGCUGCUCCCGCCUCAGCAACAACAACUAUUUCCACCUCUUCUACAGCCCCUUCUGCUGGUUCCAAUUCUGCGUCAACAAAUACUCCAACAGCUAUACAACAAGAGAUUGCUUCAGCCAGUGCAUCUGAUGUUGCCAAGACAUUAGCUUCUAUUUCGUUAGAAGCUGGUGAGUUUAGUGUCAUCCCGGGUAUCUCAUCAGUGAUCCCUACUGUGUUAGAACAAUCAUUCGACAGUUCUAGCUUAGUAUCUUCUGUUAAGGAACUACUACUAAAUAAAGAUCUCAUUCAUCCAUCCAUUUUAUUAUUGACCUCCCAUUUAGCACACUAUAAAAUAGUCGGAUCCAUUCCGCGUUGCAUAGCUAUGCUAGAAGUUUUCCAAAUCGUUAUCAAAGACUACCAAACACCAAAGGGAACUACUUUGUCACGUAAUUUAACAAAUUAUUUGUCGCAUCAGAUAGACCUUUUGAAAAAGGCUAGACCCUUAAGCGUCACUAUGGGUAAUGCUAUCAGAUGGUUAAAGCAAGAAAUUUCGUUAAUUGACCCAUCCACACCUGAUAAAGCAGCGAAGGAGGAUCUUUGCGAAAAAAUUGGGCAGUUUGCUAAGGAGAAAAUCGAACUGGCUGAUCAGCUUAUCAUAGGCAAUGCCUCCACGCAAAUUGAAAACUCUACCACCAUUGUUACAUAUGGUUCAUCAAAAGUUCUAACCGAAUUAUUAAUGCAUAAUGCGAUUGGUUUAAAGAAAAACAUCAAAGUGAUUGUCGUUGAUUCAAGACCAUUAUUUGAGGGCCGGAAAAUGGCUGAAACUUUAAGAAAUGCAGGUGUAAACGUCAUGUAUGCUCUUAUUACAAGUUUGGAUACGAUUUUCAAUAUGGAUGUGGACUAUGUGUUUUUGGGUGCGCAUUCUAUUUUAUCCAAUGGGUUCCUCUACUCAAGAGCUGGUACAGCAAUGUUGGCCAUGAGCGCUAAGAGAAGAAAUAUACCCGUAUUGGUGUGCUGUGAAAGUUUGAAGUUUUCACAAAGAGUGCAAUUGGAUAGUGUCACCUUCAAUGAACUGGCGGAUCCAAAUGACUUGGUUAACAUAGACUAUGAAAAUCCAAUCGAAAGGCGUGGUAAUAAAGGUGCACUAUUAAACCAGUUCAUCAAGGAAAGAAAAUUUGAAAAGAAAAAGCUGGAAAUGGAGAAUAAACCAAAAGGAAAUAAAAUUGGAGGCAAGAAAGGAUCUGAGGGAGAGAACAAGGAUGCCAAUAAUGAAGGAGACAGCAACAAUAAAAACAUUUUGGAUGAUUGGCAAGAACUACCUUCGUUAAAUAUCGUCAAUAUCCUGUAUGAUUUAACGCCACCCGAAUACAUUAAGAAAGUCAUUACCGAGUUCGGGGCUUUGCCACCUUCAUCUGUACCUGUUAUCCUAAGAGAGUACAAAGGUUCCGCAUAA